GAGUUCAAAUAACAAUCUUUGUGCAGCAUCACUUAUUACACCUUAAACUAUUGUUCUUAUUUAUGAACUGAUGUGUGUUGAACUGAUCCCACAGGUGUGUCUCCUCUGAGCUACGACAUGUUGGCUGUGCAUGUUGUCGGACUGAUCCUCAUGGUUGUCAUCACUGUUCUUGUCAUCACAAACAAAUGGAACACAAAACCACUUGAAAAUGCAGAUAUCAGAUUAGUAAAAUGAGAGGCUCUAGCAUCCUUGAUCAUUUAAUUCAGAAACUCAAAGAGGAAGUUUCAUCAUCAGCUGCAUCGGCCGGACACAAAAAGAGAUCAGAGAUCAUCAACUGUCUCCAGAGAACACACAGAGAAUGGCUCAACUGGAAUUAAUCCUAAUUUUUGUGCUUCAGUUUGAAGGCAUCAGUGGAAGAGAUUUCUUUCUCUAUAAGAGACCUGGACAAGAAGCUGUUCUGUCCUGUACCACUGAAUCAUCCUCCCCCCCAACAUGCUCCAUGGUGGAUUGGCUUUACAACAGAAAUCAUGAGACUCUCGCUGAGGUCAGGAACGGAAAUGUUGGACAGAUCUCAGCCCGAGCUGCCAGGCUGAGUGUGAACACUGACUGCUCUUUGGUCAUUAACAACAUCACUGCUGAGGAUGCUGGUCAAUACACCUGUCGGCAGGGGAGAGACACUAGUACAUAUCUAAGUGUUCUGACAAUCUCUCCAUCUCCACCAGACGCUGAUCCAAAGAGGGACGGUAACGUCACAUUACAGUGCUCUCUGUUUAUAUGUGACCCUCCUUGGCUGGAGAACAGCAUCCGCUGGGUGGAUGAGACAGGAGCUGAGCUGCUUGGUGAAGGUGAUGGGUACCGUGUCCUCCAACAGACAGACUGUGUCUCCUUUCUGACUGUGAAGCGUCAGAGUGGCCACAACAGGAAGUACACCUGCCAGCUUGUUGAUGAGCAAAAGAAUGUAAAGAUAGAGGCUGACUACCCACCUGACUUCAACGGUGUGUCUCCUCUGAGCUACGUCAUGUGGACUGUGCGUGUUGUCGGACUGAUCCUCAUGGUUGUCAUCACCGUUCUUGUCAUCAGAAACAAAUGGAACACAAAACCACUUGAAAAUGACAACAAUGUGAAUGAUGGCGCCGACGUCCAGUAUGAAAACGUGGAAGCACGUCCUGCUGCUGCUCGACCACAGUGAUCGACAACUUCAGAUCAUCAGAAAGUCAAAUCCCAUCAGUCAUUGGACACAUGUGAUCAAAGCUUUCAGUUUAAAUGAUUGGUUUAUAUUUAGGAUGCAUAGCUUGCUCUUCAUACACUUCAAGUACUGCAAAGCAUAACCAGUGUCAAGUAUUCAGAUCCAUUACAUUUACUUUUUUUGUGCAGCUGAAGCAACCAUGUUCUUUAAACUUUUACAUCUUGGAAAUGCAAGCUUUUCAAGCUACAGUGUUGUUGGGUGUAAAAUCUGCUACAUGUGUGUUUAGUAAAAUGAAAUGACCCCAGGUUACUCAGAUCUGACCUGAAAUCAUAACAAAUGUGGUAGAGUAUGCAUAAUUACUGUAACUGACUA